UGCAGUAAACUGGAAUGCUCUCCCUCGCUCUCUCCACAGUGUGGGAGAGAUCUGAAGCAGGACAAGCUCAGCCUGCAGCUGCCGUUGGCUUUGUGUGGACAGGACGCGGAGCUUGGGAGAGGGGGAGGGUUAUUACUCCAGUUCACAAUCAGUGGAAUUACAGCUAUAUCCGCAGUGUAUAUAGGAUUGCUUUUUCUCAUCUUCCUGGAGAUGCCCAGUAUAUUUUAAGGAAGAGGAAUAUAAAGGAAAUCUAGUAUGCUUCCUUUUUUUUUUUUUCAUGAAGAAUAUCUGAAUUAAAUUUUCUUUGCCUUUUAAAAAGAAUACCUGUUCUUGCAUAACGUGACCAUACCAGAAAUUCUGAGAAGGCAACAAGAAGCAAAAGCUGGAAAUAGCUAUUUCACAGUAGGUCAUCAUACCUCAGGAUGUAGCUACUAUACAAAGUUUAUACUUGGAUAAUCCUGGAUGGGAAUAAAGGUGGGUGGUAAAACUGCCUGAAAAACCUAUUACCAUACAGGCCUUAGCAUCAUGAAUGGCUUUCUUCAUGAGGAUCUGAAGUUACUAUCUCUGACCACAUUGCACAGAAGAGCCAAUAAGAAUUUCAAAGAGAGCAAUUUUCACUAAGGGAAUUAAGCUACACAAAAGGAACCUUCACACAGAAACGCUUAUCAGAAAGAAAAAAAUACAUAGGAAGUCAUGAGUUCUACAUAGUAACAGAAAGCUGAAUUGUAUCUGGCCCCCACUUUAAUAAACUUGCCCAACAUGCUGAACUGCAGCUGGAAUGAAUAUUCAUUGACAACAGCAAUUCUGAUCUAGAGGUGUGCCUGGCAUAGGAUUACUUGAAUAAACAGUGAAGAACAUUUCUAAGGACUAACCAAGAGUUUUUAAAUCCCUCACCAAGAAAAUAAUAUAUGUGCAUUGGAUUUUCACUCACGCAAAAUUUACUCACAUCGUUCAAUAAGGGCUUUGAAGCUACUGACCAUGACCAGCCCAGCCUGGAGCAUUUUCCUAGUCGGGACUAAAAUUGGUCUGUUCCUUCAGGUGGCAUCUCUAUCAGUUAUGGCUAAAUCCUGUCCAUCUGUGUGCCGCUGUGAUGCAGGUUUCAUUUACUGUAAUGACCGUUUUCUGACAUCCAUUCCAACAGGAAUACCAGAGGAUGCUACAACUCUCUAUCUUCAGAACAACCAGAUAAAUAAUGCUGGUAUUCCUUCAGAUUUGAAAAACUUGCUGAAAGUAGAAAGAAUAUACCUAUAUCACAAUAGUUUAGAUGAAUUUCCUACCAACCUCCCAAAGUAUGUAAAAGAGUUACAUUUGCAAGAAAAUAACAUAAGGACUAUCACUUAUGACUCACUUUCAAAAAUUCCUUAUCUGGAAGAAUUACAUUUAGAUGAUAACUCUGUCUCUGCUGUUAGCAUUGAAGAGGGGGCAUUCCGAGACAGCAACUAUCUCCGCCUGCUUUUCCUGUCCCGUAACCACCUUAGCACAAUUCCCUGGGGUUUGCCCAAGACCAUAGAAGAACUACGCUUGGAUGAUAAUCGCAUAUCCACUAUUUCAUCGCCAUCUCUUCAAGGUCUCACUAGCCUAAAACGCCUGGUUUUAGAUGGAAACCUGUUGAACAACCAUGGUUUAGGUGAUAAAGUUUUCUUCAAUUUAGUCAAUUUAACAGAACUGUCACUGGUACGGAAUUCCCUUACUGCUGCACCAGUAAACCUUCCAGGAACAAACCUAAGGAAACUUUAUCUUCAAGAUAAUCACAUCAACCGGGUACCCCCCAAAGCAUUUUCUUAUCUAAGGCAGCUAUAUCGACUUGAUAUGUCCAAUAAUAAUAUAAGUAAUUUACCUAAGGGUAUCUUUGAUGAUUUGGACAAUAUAACCCAACUGAUUCUUCGCAACAAUCCCUGGUAUUGUGGGUGCAAGAUGAAAUGGGUACGUGACUGGUUACAAUCACUACCUGUGAAGGUCAAUGUGCGUGGGCUCAUGUGCCAAGCACCAGAAAAAGUUCGAGGGAUGGCUAUCAAGGAUCUAAAUGCAGAAUUAUUUGAUUGUAAGGACAGUGCAGUUGUAAGCACCAUUCAGAUAACCACUGCAAUACCAAACACAGUAUUUCCGGCUCAAGGACAAUGGCCAGCUCCAGUGACCAAGCAACCAGAUGUUAAGAACCCCAAGUUCACUAAGGAUCAGCGAACUACAGCAAGUCCAGCAAGAAAAACAAUUAUAAUUACUGUGAAAUCUGUCACCUCUGACACAAUCCAUAUCACUUGGAAACUUAUUCUACCGAUGACUGCUUUAAGACUCAGUUGGCUCAAACUGGGUCAUAGCCCUGCAUUUGGAUCUAUAACAGAAACAAUUGUAACAGGGGAACGCAGUGAAUACUUGGUCACAGCGCUGGAGCCUGAUUCACCCUAUCGAGUAUGCAUGGUUCCCAUGGAAACCAGUAACCUCUACCUAUUUGACGAAACUCCUGUUUGUAUUGAAACUGAAACUGCACCCCUUCGAAUGUACAACCCUACAACCACCCUUAAUCGAGAGCAAGAGAAAGAACCUUACAAAAACCCCAAUUUACCGCUGGCUGCCAUCAUAGGUGGGGCUGUGGCGCUGGUGGCCAUUGCCCUUCUUGCAUUAGUGUGCUGGUAUGUCCAUAGAAAUGGCUCACUCUUCUCAAGGAACUGUGCAUACAGCAAAGGGAGGAGGAGAAAGGAUGACUAUGCAGAAGCUGGCACUAAGAAGGACAACUCUAUCCUGGAAAUCAGGGAGACAUCUUUUCAGAUGUUGCCAAUAACCAAUGAACCAAUCUCAAAGGAGGAAUUUGUAAUACAUACCAUAUUUCCUCCUAAUGGAAUGAAUCUGUAUAAAAACAAUCACAGUGAAAGCAGUAGUAACCGAAGCUACGGAGACUACAGAGACAGUGGUAUUCCAGACUCAGAUCAUUCACACUCAUGAUGCUGGAGGACACACAGCAGACUGUUCAGAUUUUUUUUUAACCUAAGGGAGGUGAUGGUAGGAAACCUGUUCUACUGCAAAAACACUGGAAAAAGAGACUGAAAAAAAGCAAUGUACUGUACAUUUGCCAUAUAAUUUAUAUUUAAGAACUUUUUAUUAAAAGUUUCAAAUUUCAGGUUACUGCUGCGAUUGAUGUAGUGGAGAUGCCUGAACACAAGUCUAUAUUUUAGUAUUUUUUAGUAAUUUGUACUGUAUUUUCCUUGCAAAUAUUGAAGUUAUAAAUCAUUUACUUUGUGUUCUACUGAGUAAGAUGACUUGUUGACUGUGAAAGUGAAUUUUCUUGCUGUGUUGAACAAUCAGGACUGCAUUCACAUGAGAUCCUUGUAGUAUAAGCACAGGCCAUUUUUCACUUUGGUAUGAAUAAAAUGUAAAAAAAAAACCUGGCUGAAUGAGAAAAUUAAAUUUCAAAAAUAGUUAUGAAAUAAUGUUCCAAUUAUUAAAUUUGUAUUAUCCCAGUGGUAUUCAAUAAAUUAAAAUAUGUGAAGUAAUGGGCAAUAUCAAACUUGCUGCAUAUCUCCAUUUGCUUUAAGCAAAUUAGAUAUCCUUAAGAAAGUAAACCUAAUUUCUGAACUGAAUACAUCAGCUGGCAUAAUAGGAGUGCAAAAUCAUUAAAGCCACUGAUCGUUAGCAAAGCUUUGACGGUAAAAAGGAUUUCACAGAAUAAUGUAAGUGUGCUUCCAAUUUAGGGGGAAAAUGUAUACUUAGAAAAACACAAAAACGUAGACUGGCAUAGCAUAAUAAACAUAAAUACCAGAAUUGAGUUUUGAUUUUUACCUGUACCAUACUGGUUUUUGACAAGUGAGUUCUAGACACAUAGCUUUUAGGGUUUAUGAUAUCUUUACCAUCAAGGAUGUCAAUGAGAAAACUAUACAUACUAAAAAGGUAGUAUAGCCAUAAGCAAGUCCCCUCAACAGUCCAGCGAAAGUAGUACUUUAAACAAGUGAGAAUUUAAAAGAAAAAUAAAUGCUAAAGAUCAAAUUCAGAUGUGGUUUAUAUGAAAUUCUUUAACACUGUACAUAAAUGUUCUGUUUACUUUCACAGAAUACUGCCCAUUACUGUCACAGUUUUCCAGAUACUACAUAAUGACUUGUAACAUUUCUUUCUAGCUUCCUACUGAAUUGUGAGCUAUCACUUGUUUAAAAAACAUCAUUUUUCUGUUGCCAUGAUGUUUUUUUUUCCCAACAAAAAACCAAAGUGCAUUGUACGCCCUUUGGCCAGUCUUGUAUGUGCCUUGAUCCAACGCUACAUGUAUUCAGCUUUUAAAAUUCGACAAAUUUUUCAUAAUUACUCAAAUAUGAAAAAUUAUGGUCUUAUUGCUGAAUAAAACAAAAAGUACAAAAUAAUCGUGCUUGCUUUUCGGGAUUAUGUUACUAUCACUAAAGUAGCAAGUGGCCCAGCACAUUAGCCUAAGCACCCUCAUGUAUUUUUCUAGGCAUAAAAAUAAAC